AAAGACGGAGAGAGAGAGAGAGAGAAAGACGGAGAGAGAGAGAGAGAGAAAGAGAAAGAGAGAGAGAAACAGAGAGAGAGAGAGAGGGAGAGAGAAAGAGAGACACAGAGAGAGAGAGAAACAGAGAGAGAGGGAGAGAGCGAGAGAAAGGAACACAGACAGAGAUGACCGAAAGGGACAGAGGUGAGUUGAUAGAGAACUGAAAAGGAGAGGGAGAAAGAGGGAGAGGGAGGAAGAGAGAGAGAGAGAGAGAGAGAGAGAGAGAGAGAGAGAGAGAGAGAGAGAGAGAGAGAGAGAGAGAGAGAGAGAGAGAGAGAGAGAGAGAGAGCAACGUAAUCGGCCACAGACCACGCGCACACGCACACAGAUAUCAGGAAGUAAUCUGUUCCGUGCUGACUGUGCAGGGUGCUGUCUUGUAUGUAAGCAGAAGAGUGUGCAGCGUACGUCAGCGUGUGUGUCUGCCAACAACAGGUUGCAAGUAUGACCCUCUCACUCUGAACCUAAGGAUCUCUGACCCCACUGGACAGACACAUGGACACACAGCUACACGGACCAACACCAUGGGCUCAAGAUUAAAAGAAAACCCUGACAGGACCUUCUACUGGUUCUUUGAGGCAUCUUGUCCAAUCGCAAGAGACAAAGAUCCUGACGUGUUGUUUCAGUUUCCUGAAGACUUCAGUGAUGAGGAAUCCCGCCAGACCCUACCAAGGUUCUGCUUUCCCUAUGACAUAGAGAGAGUGAGAGAUGUGGUAGCAGUGCAACACUUCACCUUUGUGUUGACUGACUUGGAGGGAUGCCAACGCUUCGGCUUCUGUCGCCUCACCAGCAGCUCACACACCUGCCUCUGUAUGCUUAGCUACCUACCUUGGUUUGAGGUGUUUUACAAACUUCUGAACAACCUGGCUGACUAUCUGACCAAGGGACAGACCAAUGAGAUGCGAGAACUGCUGGCCGCCCUCUACACACAUCCCCUGCCAUUGGCUGUCGGCUCUGUCACUCUGCAGCUGGGAGAGAAGCUAUUGGUCAGGACAGAGAUGCCCCGCCCUCCUGGACAUGCCCCCCUCACCCCAGGGAAGGAAGGGGUCCCGUACUUCAUCGCUCCAGACCCCAGAGGGCUCCCUUCCAUCCCUGAGAGUAGGAACCUGACAGAGUUGGUGGUAGCAGUAGAUGUGUCUAACCUCCUCCAGCUCUAUGCCAGCAUGUUGUUUGAGAGACGUAUCCUCAUCCUCUCCAGCAAACUCAGCACAUUGACAGCGUGUGUUCAUGCCCUCAGUGCUGUGCUCUACCCCAUGUACUGGCAACACAUCUUCAUACCUGUCCUGCCCCCCCACCUACUGGACUACUGCUGUGCUCCGAUGCCCUUCCUCAUAGGAGUCCACUCCAGUCUGACAGAGAGAGUGAGAAGCCGGGGGUUAGAGGAGGUGGUGAUUCUCAAUGUAGACACCAACACUAUAGAGUCUCCCUUCGAUGACCUGAAGAAGAUACCAGCAGAUGUGGUAUCAGGUCUGAAGUUGUCUCUGAAACGUCAGGCAGCGUCAGCAGGUGUGGGCGUGGCCAAGGCCUUCCUCAGGGCUCAGGCUCUGCUGUUUGGAGGAUAUGGAGACGCUCUGAAGGGAAACACGAAUGGUCAGGUCAUGUUCUGUGAGGAAGUGUUCCUGGACCACAGGUCUCCCAGUAUGAGACAGUUCCUACAGAGUGCUGUCCAUCUGCAGCUCUUCAAACAGUUUAUUGAUGGACGUCUGGAGCUGCUGAACAGAGGGAUGGAGCCAGACGACCUGUUUGAACAAGAGAUGCUACAGUGUGGAACAGCAGAAGCAGGAAGCACCAAAGCCUAUCAUCAACUGGUGGGCAACCUGAAGAAAGGGGGAGGAGCUCUCAUCCUUAACGUCAAGUCUAAGACUCACAUGUACAAGUCGGCCAAACGUGGCUUGAGGAACUUUCUAUCACCAAAGGAGCAGGUUGAGAUUCUGUCUCUUAAGAGAGGCAACUCCGUGUCCGGAACACACACACACCGCCGCAAACAAUCAGACUGCCUUCAGAGCCGUUUACCAAUCACACAACACUUUGGGAAGUCUCGUCCCCGUCGUCCAGUUAACAAACAAGGCUGUCUCCUUGACGACGAGAACACACAAGAGAACAGAGACACCUGGGAAGAAGACUGGCAGGACAGUGCUGUCUCAGGCCCUGUGGCAGACCCAGAGCUCCAGGAGGAGGAGGGGGGAGACUCAGGUAUGUGUGACCCAGAAGAGAUGGACCUCCUGGGGGAGAUCUUUGACACGCUGAGUGCCCGGAGCUCCCAUGACCGCGGCCUGCUCUACGGGACACGAAGUCUAGACCUGUUUGGACCUGAUACUACUGACUACAUCAGACAGAGGGGCCUGGCCACUCCCAGUCAGGAGAGUCUAGGUGUGUCCAUCGGUGGGAGUGGCAGUCUGCACAGCUGGAACCAGGAGGAGGGGCUACAUUACAUGGGGGAGGGGCCAGAACAGACAGAUGAUUCUGAUUGCCUAGGAGAGGGACAGGCGUUGUCAGAGGAAGCAUCAGAAACACCUCAAGGAAGAAGAGAGGACGGGAGGAGAGAGGACGGGAGGAGAGAGGAGGGAAGGAGAGAGGAUGGGAGGAGAGAGGAGGGAAGGAGAGAGGAGGGAAGGAGAGAGGGUGGGAUGAGAGAGGAUGGGAUGAGAGAGGAGGGAAGGAGAGAGGAGGGGGUGGAAAAGGGGUUGGUGGAGGCAGAGGAGCUUAAAGAGAGGAAAGAGGUGGGGAUGGAGAGAUGGAAUGUUCUGAGGCAAGGAGGGCAGGAUGAUCAACAGAUGGAGGAGAGGAAGAGGGAUGAAGACAUCACUAUGGAGCCAAAGAUUCAAUCUGAAUGUGUGGAUGAGAUUGGGAAGCAGAAAGAAGUGGAGGGAGAGAAAGGGAGAGAGAAGAUGCAGAAUGACAGAGGUAAAGACCAGCAACAAGAAGAUGAGAACCAGGGGCAGGAGAGAGGCCCCAAGACACCAGGAGAAUUACCCAGGAACAGAGGCCCAAGGCCGGGUACUGAGUCUAGGGCCGGGGCCGGGGCAGUGGAGGACAACCAGGAAGAAGGAGACAGACUCACCCCAAAAACCACUGCUUUUCCUGGGCCUGAGAACGGCACAGCAACCAGUGCUUCUAAACAACCCCUGGGUCAGCUAGAAAGAGAAGAAAAGGGGGAGGAAAUAGAGGUGGGACCCACACCCCUUUCUCCCAGUGUUCCAUCUGCUGUAGCACUGUUCCAGUCACCGGCCUCCGUGCAAACCCUCCAUGGGAAGGCCCAGACCAGGGGGUCGCCUAAACCCAGUAAGCCCAGCAACACACCUCGGACCUGGGACACUAUACAGAAGAGCUGCCCUCAGGAACCCAACAACACCCAGGUUUCACCAAAUGAGAGAGCUGGACCUGUCACAGCCACACCUGUCCUGACUACGCCUAUAAAUAACCAAUCAGAACCAGGGGGGAACGCCACAGCGCAGGAAGACCCGCCCCCUGUCAAGGUGUCUGAGCUGAAGAAGAGAUUUGAGGCUUGAUGAUUGGUGCAGGACUGUUUGAGUGGUGCAUAGCUCAGCCAAUGAUUUUGCUGUUUUCAAAGACUGAGGGACUUGCUGAGUCAGAGAAGAAAUUGGGAUGGGAAGUGAAACUCAGGAACAUGAAGCGCUCUGAAUGUUGCAAGUAGAAAUAGAAUGACUAGAAUUGACACACUCCCAUAUUCUAACCGACAGACAGUAAUUCCGGUUCUACACCACACAUUUCUAUCUGAACAUUCUGUAACGUUCUCAUACAGGUCUAUGAUGUAAUGCAUAAGGCCAGAAGUUUUUCUCAGGGUGUAUUCACUUGGAAGAAAACGGAACCGAACGGGAAGGGACCGUUCUGAAUCUUUCCAAUAGAAACUCUCAUUUUCGUUGGAAAAUAUUUUCAGUUUGGAUUAAACUGUUACCAUUGCAAAACGUUUUGACACAACGCUAAACAUUUUGCUACAUUGUGCGACUAUUGAAUAUCAGUGGUGGAAAAAGUAGCCAAUUGUCAUACUUGAGUAAAAGUAUAGAUACCUUACUAGAAAAUGACUCAAGUAUAAGUCACCCAUUAAAAUUCUACUUGAGUAAAAGUCUAAAAGUAUUUGGUUUUAAAUGUACUUAAGCAUCAAAAGUAAAAGUACAAACCAUUUCAAAUUCCUUAUAUUAAGCAAACCAGACAGCACCAUUUUCUUUACAGAUAGCCAGGGGAACACUCAGACAUCAUUUACAAAUAAAGCAUUUGUGUUUAGUGAGUCCGCAAGAUCAGGUAGUAGGGACGACCAGGUAUCUGGAUCCUCUUCAUAAGUGUGUGAAUUGGACCAUUUUCCUGUCAAAAUGUAACGAGUACUUUUCGAUGUCAGGGAAAAUGUAUGGAGUAAAAAGUACAUUAUUUUCUUAAAGAAUGUAGUGAAGUAAAAGUUGCCAAAAAUAGUAAAGUAAUGUGGGGAUACCAACAAAAAAAACUUAAGUAGUACUUGAAAGUAUUUUUACACCACUACUGAAUACGCCCCUGAUCAUGUCACAUGACAUCCAGGAUCCAGUUCUGUCCGAUCCCUCUGACUGAUGUCGCUGGUUGUAAUGUCCUUAGAUGACCAGCAGGUGGGGCUUGUGGAACAUGAACACAUUAACUCAACGCACUGAAUAUACACCUGUAGAUUUUUUUUUUUUUUUUUACUAAAUCAAGUAUUUUUCUCCUGGAUGAUAUUAAAAUAAUAAAUGGAAGUUUUAUACUUUUUGAGAGGAGUUUUAUUUUUUUCACAUGGAUAAUAUCAUCAGAAGUGCAUUAGAAAUCAUUCAUUGUGUCUUAGCUCACCAUUCUUCAUUUUCAAGAUAUAAAAAAACACACACACAC